GAAAAACAAAAAACAGAGGGUGAAAGAGAAAUAUAGAGACACCGGUUCUCUCUUCUCUCCACCUUCAUCUCUCCUCGCCGCCGAUCAGAUCUUCCUUUAUUUUUCUUUUCGGAACCCUAAUUUUUGCAUUGCAAAACCCUAAUUCAGCUUCUCUUUGGCUGAAAGAAUCUCGCCCUAACGAUUUUUUUUUUAAUCGAAUAAUUUUUGUUUGUUUGUCUUCUAUCCCUGAUCAUCUCGCCGUCGUCUGCAAACCCUAAUUUUGUUUUUUUUUUUAAACUGAUAUGGCUGCGAAUAACAAUAAUGCUAACAGCAAUUCCUCGACUGGAACAGUGGUGAGUAAUCACACCAAACCUAUUGCUUCGCCUUGGACGAAAAUCGACAGGGAAGGGCCGGAGUUGAUCGCGGUGGCACCUACCUCGCCAUCGUCAUCGCCAUCCACGCCAUCAACGGCUGUGAUUGAACAGGCUGCAUCGGCGUCGCCGGUGGAGGAGGAGAGUGUGGAGAAUGGAAGCGGGACCAACGACAAUGCCGGUAAGAAGCCGGCGUGGGGUAGGCCUUCCAAUGGAGCUGCUGAGGUUGGGUCAGUCAUGGGAACUCAAUGGCCGGCGUUGUCCGAGUCCGCUAGGGUUUCUUCCAAAUCGUCUCCAGAUUCAUCCAAAGUUUUGUCCGAUGGAUCAUCCUUAUCGUCCCCUGUUGUUUCACAGGGGACUGGAAAUGCAUCUGUUUCUUCACAGAAGCAUGUUAGCAACAAUGCAAACUCUAAUUCAACUCCAAACCAUACAGCACCAGCACGUCAGAGGUCAAUGAAGCGCAAUAAUAGUGGCGUUUCCCAACCACCACCAGCAGGAUCAGCUGUUGAAGCAUCUUUGAACAGCCCUUCUUCUAGGGACCAUGCACGGGGUGGGUUUAUAUCACAAUCUCAUAGUGGUAAUGAUCACCCCCAGCAUCGCAAUUCAUUCAGAAUCCGCAAUGGAGGUCCCCAUCCACGUGGAGAUGGUUCUCAUACUCAGAAUUAUGGGGGCAGGCGCAAUCAGGACCAUGGGAAUCAAGAUUGGAAUCAUCAUCGAAAUUUUAAUGGUAGAGAUGCUCCUAUGCAGUCGUCUCAAAGAGGUGUUCCAAGGUUUCCUAGGCAUGGACCGCCACCUCCGCCUAAUCCUGCACCAUAUAUGCCACCUCCCCCAUCACGGCCUUUUGGCAACCCCAUGGCUUAUCCUGAAUUUCAAUCUGUCUAUUAUGUUCCGGCUCCAACUCAUCCAGAUCCACUAAGCGUGCCUUUUAUUACACCAAUUCCACCAGUCUUUUUCCCUCCACCGGACCUUCAGUUGCAUGAUAGGAUAGUGAAUCAGAUAGAUUAUUACUUCAGUAACGAAAAUUUGAUUAAAGAUACAUUCUUGCGGCAAAAGAUGGAUGCUCAUGGUUGGGUUGAUAUUAAAUUAAUAGCAGGCUUUAAAAAGGUUUCGGGUUUGACGGAUAAAAUUCCAAUUAUAUUGGAUGCUAUGCGAAGUUCAAAGGUUGUGGAAGUGCAGGGUGACAAGAUAAGGAAGCGGGAUGAUUGGAAGAAAUGGAUAAUGCCUCAAUCUGUUCAGAUUCCAAAUGUUCCAAGCCCUCGGUUUGGUGAGAACUCUAGCCAGGAUGUGCUGGCUGCUGGCAUCCAAAACAUUUCACUGGAUCAGAAUGUUAAUAACUGGAGUGGUUCAAGGAAUCAUGCUGAGUCAUCAUCAGGAGACUUGAAUGACCAGCUACUAUCCAGCAGUGAGGGUAUGGCUGUCAGUGCUCAAGGUGGUCCAGUGAGAAUUUCAAGUUAGAUCAAUGUGCAUUGUUCCAUCAAAUAUUCAUGGAAAAUGGAACAACAAAUGAUUUUGACAACAAAUGCAGUUAUCUUGCCUUCUCUGGCAGAUGGUCUUGCCAUUGCACAAUCUGGUGUGCAAAUUAGGAAACAACUUUGAGAAAGAAACAAGGUAAAAAAACAGUCUUAGAAAACAGAAGAAAAUCUGAAAGAGGGAAAGGGAGAGAGUUUGAACUUUCAGACUUAAUCUAGUAGCACGGAUUUAUUAUAGCUGUAUGUAUUGGUUUUCUUUUUCGGUUUCUGGGACAAUUACUAUUCCCAUCUCGUACAUUAUUUAUGGUGGCAUAGUUGGCCUUAAAAAGUUCUGGGGGAUUUUGAUGGCACAUCUCCUUGCUGCCCCUCAGCUCAGCUGUGUUUUAUUCUCCAAUCUCUGGGUUCAUUUAGAUAGUGAUACAGACAAGAUGUUCCUAUUCUUGUUGGUUGGCACCUGCCUACACUGAGGGGACGUGAGGAGAAAAUGGUUGCUGCUGGAUGCUGCUGUUGGUGCAAUCGUCUAUUGCUGCUCUGCCUGUCAUGUCUUUCCGGUCGUCUGAACUUUUUUCAUGGUCUCUGUUAUGUCAUACAUAAAUAUCAUCAAGAUUUGCCUUCAUAUGUAUACAUUCAAGCUAAACUAUGCUGCAUAAAAUUGUCCCGCAGAGGAUGAACGUUUUAAACACUGAA